UUCAUCCCUUUUUCUCAGAACGCUGCAGCUUAGAGAAGCCAGGCGCUUGUUUCCGCCCGGCUGUUUCAGCGGACGGACCAGCUCCGUGAGUCGAGAGCAAACCUGCGACUGUUUUUAAACUGAUUUUGUUUUUAUUUGUGUUCUUUAUAAAAUCCAGACCGUCUAACCGCGUCUAAAACCUCCUGUGUGCGCAUGUAAAGGAGACUAAGCACCGAAAUUCAAGCUAUGGCUGGACCGGUGAGCCUGGAGUUGGACCCAAUCUUCCUCAAAGGGCUUGGAUACCUUCACUCCAAAAGCAAAGACUCUGCAGAGAAACUCAAGGCUUUGCUGGAUGAGUCUUUGGCCAGAGGAAGUGAUUCAGUCUACAGGACUUCUCUCAAGGAAGUUGAGGUGACCAAGGUGUCAGUACCAAAAAUAAACAAGCAGGACUCCAAAUCGUCAUCUAGUUCUUCGUCAUCUAGUAGCAGCAGUAGCAAGUCCAGUGGCUCAGAGAAAAGCAAGAAAGAAGUAGAGAAAAGACCUGCUGAGAAGGUAAGAGUUGAAUCUGGAGAUGGAGGAGAUUUGCCGAAGAAGCCGCGCAUCGACAAACCUGAGAACCGCUCCUCUCCCAUCGCCUUCCAACCCAAAGACAUCCCCAUCUCAGACUUCAGCUACAGCGACGAAACCAACGCUGAUGACUUUGCCAUGGAGAUGGGUCUCGUCUGCGUCGUCUGCCGACAGAUGAAUGUGUCUUCAGGCAAUCAGCUGGUGGAGUGUCAAGAAUGUCACAAUCUGUACCAUCAGGAAUGUCACAAACCUCAGGUUACAGAUAAGGACGUUAACGACCCCCGGCUGGUGUGGUACUGCGCCCGCUGCACCAGGCAAAUGAAGCGCAUGGCUCAGAAGACCCAGAAACCCCCCCAGAAGCCGGCGGCUGCGGUGACGUCUGCGGCUCCGGUGGUGAAAGACCCGCUGGUGAAGAAGCCGGAGAUGAAACUGAAACCUGAAACUGCAGGGUCCUUCCAGGCCUUCAAGAGAACGGAGGUUAAGGUGUCCACAGCAGCGUCAGGGAAUUCAUCUGGCGGCGGUUCGUCUCUACCCUCAGGCAGUGGUCUCACAGGCUGGGCUGCUUUCACCAAAACCUCCACAGUGGGGGCAUCCAGCAGUAAGCUUGGGGGCAACAGCCAGCCUGGGGCUGCAAAGCCUCCCCAGGCACCCCCAGGAUCCAAACCCAUGGGCCUGUCCGCUCUGGCUAGCGUAAAGCCGGGUGCUAAAGCUCCGGGCAGCAGUGGAAGUGGGAACAAUGGAAAUAACGGUUCCGGAUCAGCACCGCUGAAGUCUCCACCUCCACUAACGCUCGGCAAACAGGUACUGAGCCGCUCCUCCAGCGGAGACAGCCUGGGGAAACUGACUGUAACCGGGGCCUCGUCACCAGGGGCGUCCUCCACCAGCAGUCUGGGGGGCAACGGAGCGUCCGGAAACGGAGGUGGAAAUGGAGGUAAUAGUGGCAAUAGCACUGGCAGCAGCAGCGCUAGCGGCAAUAAUAACAAUAACAGCAAUGCGGCUAAAGCUUCAGCUGAUGGAAAAACACCAACGUCACAGGAGUCCCAGCUAAAUGCCAUGAAGCGUCUGCAGAUGGUGAAGAAGAAAGCAGCGCAGAGGAAACUAAAGAAAUAAGACUGAAUAGUGUUCAAUAAACUCCCUGCAAAAAAAAAGAUACCUCGGCAACUUAAAUCAUGUGAAUCUCUG